AACAAUCAACGUUUUGGUUUGUUCUUGCUGGUCAAGAGGCAGCAGUGUUGACUUGUGACUGGCUGAAGCAGCCAUUGCAUGCAGAGAUGAAUAAUCUUGUUGGUUUUUAUUUGAUUCAACUUGGACUGUUGGAGACUAUUUUUGCAGUAGUUAUUGUCUUAUGAGGUCGUCUUCAUUUUCUAUUUUCUUUUGUCUUGCAGCAUGUGUACAGUGUGAUGGAGGAAUAAUGAUAAUAAUACAUUCUUGUGUAUGCAGUGUGGAGAUACAGCUUUGAUUGUAUGUGCAAGGACUGGAUCAGAAGACAUCACUGAUCUACUACUGAAUGUCAAAGAUAUUAAUGUGAUGAAGGGAGAUUGUGACGGAUGGACAGCCAUCCAUUGGGCUGCAGAGUAUAAUCACGUGACCAUUGUAGAGAGACUUUUGUCUUGUUCUGUUCCUGUUGAUAUCAAUGAUAUGUUUGGUCAUACACCACUGUGGUGGGCUGCCUUUGAUGGUCAUGUGUGUUGUGUUGAUGUUCUCCUAAAACAUGGAGCGAGUCCCCAACAUGAGAGUGAGUUGGGACGAUCACCACUGGAGAUUGCCAAUGUAUGUGGUCACAGUGAUGUGGUUGAGAUGAUGGAAGAAGCCAUAAGAUUGAGAUCUCAUUCGUAUGUGAAGGGAGAUGUUGCUGUCAUGAAACAUCAAUAUGAAGAGACAAUUGCUGAACUGCAGAGUGAAGUGGAGAAGAAGACAGAAGAAUUAAGACAAUCAUCCCUGGUCCAUGAGAGUGAAGUAACGAGGUUAAGGAACGAAAUUCAACAGAAAGAGAAGGAAGCUGGUGAAGAUCAAGUCUGGUUGCUGUUGCAGCCGCCAGGAGAUGUGAUGGGUGCUGUUGUUGAUCUGGCCUGUGAUCAGUGGAGUGACGUUGGACUUGAGUUGGGAUACGAAAUGCCUCAACUCAAUUCAAUGACACCGUCAAUUCCUUUACCUUCAGGCAAACUGAAUGCAAUACUGAGAAGAAAGGCUCAUGCUGUCGGUACCAGCAAUGUUGUUGGUAUCAUCUUGUCUGCUUGCCAGCGUAUUCCCUUUCCAAUUUGUGCUACUACAAUAAGAGAUGAGGUAGUUAAACGUCAAGAGAGACUGAGAGCACAGAACGGUGGACAAUAGAAUAAUUGACUUUGUCACUUUGUUGUCUGCAUGGCUGAUCAUAUGGUUUAUUGUUGAUCAAGUGAUGUGUUACCUUUUGGUAGGAGGCACAUCUUUUCUGUUUGUAAUGCUACAUGCUUUCUUGCUGCUUUCAUAUGUUAAUGGCAUUAUUGCAAUAGAAUAGAUUAUGUUAAUA